CGGCAAACAGACAACAGCUCAGGCAAGCCGAAGCUUGCUCACUGGACCAGCCGGGAGGCGUUUGAGCAGCCAUCAUCGUUUACAGUCCACGCUCAUUUCUGGCGACACCAACCAACAGCAGCGACAGACGACAACAGUGACUUAGGAGAAACACAGGCGUUUGAGGCCCACUGCAAAGAGAGAACAACAAAGAAGGGAGGAGAGGAACGAUGCCGCGUCGGAGCAAGAGGCAGGCUGAGAAAGAGGAGGAAGAGGCGAAGAAGAGCAAGCUCAGCGAUGGCUGGAAGAUGAGCUGGGAAGAGGCCGGGGGAGCCAAGAUCAAAGGCGUGGCUCCGCUCCUGGUGUAUGAUGGCGAGGACGCGUUGAAGAGCUCUGUUGUGGCGGGGUUUGACAUGGAUGGCACCAUCAUCAAGACCAAAUCUGGGCGCCGUUUCCCAACAGGCCCUUCGGAUUGGGUGUUCUGGGACGACGCCGUGAUCAAGAAGCUGCGGGACUUGCACAGCAACAACACCAAGAUUGUCUUCUUCACCAACCAGGCCGGUAUUGAGAAGAAGAACACCUCCGUCUCCUCCAUCACCUCCAAGAUUGAGGACAUUCUGGAGACGCUUGGCUUCCCCGUGACGGUGUUGGUGUGCACUGGUCACAACCACUACCGCAAGCCGAGCAUUCGCCUCUGGGAGUAUUUUGCAGAGCACUGCAACGACGGUGGCGAAAUCGACCUGCAGAGGUCCGUGUUUGUGGGUGAUGCUGCUGGCCGCUCCAAGGACUGGAAGCCGGGCAUGAAGAAGGAUUUCAGCUGCACCGACCGCAUGUUUGCAGCCAACAUUGGUGUUCCAUUCCACACACCGGAGGAGUUCUUCUUGGACGAGCCCAAGGCGACAAAGUACGAGUGGCGGGCUGCUGAUCCGGGCAAGCUGCUGGCAGCGUCUGUAUCCUCACCGCGCGACAUGUCACACAUCACCAAGAAGGCCCCGCCCACAGAGAUGAUUGUACUUGUUGGCUCGCCCGCGUCUGGCAAGUCCACGUUUGCAGAGCGCCACCUCAAACCACACGGAUAUGUGAUUGUGAACCGGGACACGCUGGGCACUAUGGCAAAGUGUGAAAAGGCGGCGGCCAAGGCGCUGGAGGACGGACAGAGUGUGGUGGUGGACAACACAAACCCAGACCCAGCCAGCAGAGCCAAGUUCAUCCAAAUCGCAACCAAGCACUCGGUUCCUGUGCGCUGCGUUGAGUUGACGACACCGCGCGAUGUUGCGUCACACCUCAAUUACUUUCGCGCAAUCCUCACAGACGGAAAGCGGCGCCGCAUUCCAGACGUCGCAUUCAACUCCUUCAGGAGCAAGUACAAGGCACCGAGCGCGGGCGAAGGGUUUGAUGAGGUGAUCAAGGUUGAGUUUGUGCCAGAAUUCCAUGGCCACAACAAAACUCGCGCGCGUGAGCUGUUUGCACACUGGCAGAGCGGCUGAUGAUCAUGCAGACCUCACUCUCAAUCGGGGCCCUCCUCAUCUGUUGCCUGUGUCUCGCUCGCGUUCGUUGGUUCGUUAUCGCUAGCGCUGACGCUGCUGCUGCUGUUAUUGCUGCUGAUGUCUCUUGUUCUCCUUCCCUUCACCCCCCCCCCCAACAACUUGUCAA